AUGAGAACUCAUGUAAGAAAAACGAACCGUGUACCAAUUACUGAAGUAAUAUAUAAUGCUGCAAAAAAUUUAAUUGAUACCGGAGUAUCAACUCGUAGUGCAGCAAUGCAAUUAGGGAUAGGUGAGUCAGCACUAAGAAAAAGGUUAAAAGUUGGGCAUGGUGUAUCAUCGUUGGGGCGUUUUAAAAGAACAUUUAACGAUGAACAAGAAAAAGAGUUAUCAAAACAUUGUAAAGACUUGGACGAUAGAUUUUAUGGGCUAUCUUUUAAAAAAUUACAACAAUUAGCAUAUCAAUUUGCAUUAAAAAAUAACAUUGAACAUCGAUUUAAUGAAGAAAAACAAUUAGCGGGAUAUGACUGGGCAAAUUCUUUUAUUUUAAGACAUAAUUUAUCAUUAAGAACUCCUCAAAAAACAAGUGUUGCAAGAAUCAUGGGAUUCAAUCGUUAUCAAAUAAAUCGAUUUUAUGAUAAUUUAAGAAUAGUGUAUCAAAAAUUGAAUGUACCGCCAAGUCGUAUAUUUAAUAUGGAUGAAACAGGAAUACUGACAGUACCAAAUAAAGUCCCAAAAGUGAUUUCGUCCAAAGGAAAAAAAAUAGUGGGAAAAUCUGUUGCUGCCGAACGUGGUGAAUUGGUUACAGCUGUUUGUUGCUUCAGUGCGAGUGGUAUUUAUGUACCCCCUAUUUUAGUUUUUCCGAGAAAAAGAAUGAAAGAAGAAUAUUUGAACGGGGCCCCCCCAGAAACUUUAGGUUUAUUAUCUGAUAGUGGUUACAUAAAUUCAGAGUUGUUUUUAAAGUGGUUAGAACAUUUUAAACACCAUGUUAAACCAUCUGAAGACUCCCCAGUUUUACUUAUUUUGGACAAUCACACCUCACAUAUUAAUAUAAAUACAAUAAUAUAUUGUCGAGCUAACUUUAUACAUUUGGUGAGUAUACCACCACAUUCGAGUCAUCGUACUCAACCAUUAGAUAGAUGUUUCUUCAAGCCGUUAAAAGACUACUAUGCCUACCAUUAUGAUAUAUGGACUACCACACAUCCUGGCAGAGUAGUCAUUUUAUAUCAACUUGCAGAAAUUUUCGGUAAUGCAUAUGGAGAAACUGCAACAAUGAACAAAGCCUUAAAUGCAUUUCAAAUGUGUGGGAUUUGGCCACUCAAUCCAAAUAUUUUUAGUGAUGAUGAUUUUCUACCUUCUACUGUGACAGAUCAAACAGUUUCUGAAGAUCUUCAAAAUAAUCAGCCGUUAGACAUUAUAAAUUUGCCAAUCGAAUUUAUUAAUGAUGAAAUUCCAUUAAAUCAAAUAGUCGAAGAAUCAUCUACAUCAUCACUUAUAGUAAUUCCUUCUAAUAUGUCUACAAAGUCAUUAGAAAAUAAUGUACUUCAAGCCUCAACUUCAAAAAAUAUAAAAUCUCCAGUGUCACCUGCAGAUAUAAUACCUCUUCCUAAAAUAUCACUAAAAAGAAAGCGUCGUACCAAUGGCAAAAAAUCUGAAAUUUUGUCUUCUAGUCCUUAUAAAACGCAAAUUGAAACUUUAGAAAAAGAUAAGGCAAAUGCAAAACUAAUUUCUGAAAAAAAUAAAGCAGAUAGACAAGCAAGAAGAAAUGUAUUUGAAACUAAAUCAAAACCAAGGAAGAAAAAAGUGCUUAAAAAAGCUGAUACCUCUGAACAAGUAAGCACUACUGUUAAUGCUGAAUCAGCUACGACGGUAACUUACAAAGAAAAUUGUCCAGCAUGUAAUGAAAAAUAUGAAGAUCCACCAACCGAGGAUUGGAUUAUGUGUUGUAAAUGUAAGAUUUGGUGGCAUGAAGCAUGUUCAUACUACGAGGAUCUCCAUAACGACUUUGUAUGUGAUUUAUGUUCAUAG